AUCUUUUUGCACCAUCCCUGAUCAAUAGUCUAUAUGCUGAAACUUGUUUCUUUAUUCGUUUACAUAACCGUCCUGAUAACUAAUUGCUUUUUGAGCGAAUACUCUUUAUUACGUCAUUCACAACUGGAUUCUCUGAUCUCUUUGAUCUUUGGCGUGUAUUACAAUAGCGUGACACUCAAUGUCGGCGUCUCAUUCGUGCUAGAACGGAUUGUAAAGUGAAAUCCCUAAGUAAAGUAGAAUGAUGAAUAAAAAACUUGUGAUCGGAAUUGCCGGUAUAACGUGCAGUGGCAAAAGUACUUUAGCUACUAAAAUUCAAUCGUUAAUACCAGAUUCGAUAAUUCUCAAUCAAGACGAUUAUUUUCUGCCAGCUGACGAUCCUCGACAUGUUUACAUUGCUGAAUUACAUCAUCAAAACUGGGAUAUAAUCACGAGUGUGGACAUGGAGAAAAUGUAUACGGAUCUAUUAAAAUGGAUAAAUAACGAUAUUGAGCAGUCUAGUCCGAGCGUUCAAACUCGAGUUCUUAUAUUAGAGGGAUUCUUGAUCUUCAACUACGAACCAAUCGCAAAUUUGUGCAACAUGAAAUUUUUCCUGACACUGAAUAAGGAAGAGUGCUGGGAGCGAAGAAAAGAGCGCAGCUACGAUCCUCCGGACGUUCCAGGUUACUUUGAGAUGGUCGUAUGGCCGGAAUACAUCAGACACAAAUCCGAACUUGACCAAAACAAGAAACUGUACGAUUCGAUUGUUUUUAUUGAUGGCUCCCGAACGCAGCAAGACAUUUUCAACAUAGUUUCAUCAGCUAUCAUAGAGCGAUUAGCUUAAUCAUACUUCCAAAUAUUUCAUUGAUAAAGAUGAAAUCUAUUAUGUUAAUUCACGGUUCAGAAGGAUACAAGAAUUAAUUAAAAUGGACAAUAAAACUUCCUUUGUCGAAUAAAGAAGUGUUAGAUUCAGUCUUUUAUUAUAUACUUUUGCAGUAAGUUUUUAUUUAAGUCCAGUUAGUCAAUAAUUGUGCCCAAUAAAUGUUCCGGCUGAAAUUAA